AUGGAGAGCAGUAGAACCAACUCCUAUGGACCGGCUGCCAAAGCGGGUAAAGAAAAUCCCCUAUUAGGGAUUUUCCCCCUCCACGAGCCUGACGAGGCUGAGAAUGUUGCUGCUGACAUUCUCCUGGUCCACGGCUUAACGGGCCAUCCAAUCAAUACAUGGAGUCACGGUGACAUCUGCUGGCCGCGAGACCUGUUGCCGCAAGCCCUCAAGGUGUCAGCUCGAGUCCUAAGUUUCGGAUACGACGCCGGACGAUACGGAGAUGCGAAUCUCGAUAUCGAAGACGCCGCCCUACAGCUUAUCAGUGAGCUAGAAAGGGUCAGGCCAGCGAAGGAGAGAACACGGCCAUUGAUUGUGGUGGCAUACUCGCUCGGCGGUAUUGUUCUCAAGAAGGUGCUAAUUACGUGUAACAAUAAACCGUCCUUGAGGCAUAUCCUUGCUGCACUGUCUGGGAUAGUAUUCCUAGCGGCACCUCAUCGGGGGAGUGCCUUGGCCGAUGUUGCGAGUAGGCUGGUGAACCAGUUGAAUCUCGGCUUACCACAGAAAUUUAUAAGUACGCUCAGGAAAAAUUCAUUAGAGCUAGAGAGUAUCGCGAGUGACUUCAGGCAGAUCGCUGACCAGAGAAGCCUACCAAUUAGCAGCUUCUAUGAACUGCUUCCGGUGAAGGGUCGGCUGAUCUGCUUCAGCGAUGUCGUCGUCUAUAAAGAAUCGGCACUCCUCAACAUACCAAGCCCAAUACAGAGUGAAGCCCACGUCUUUCUCCCGUGGGAUGUAACACCACAUUUCACCGGCCGGCGGGAUUAUCUUCAGCAGAUCCACGAGACUUUCUCCGGCUCCGAAGGCCGCAAGAUCAUCGUACUCCAUGGAAAUGGAGGGAUGGGCAAGACGGAAGUCGCAUUGAAAUAUGCACGAGAGAAUGAACAUCGAUACGAUCAUGUCUUUUUUGUCAAUUCAACAAAUAUUCAGUCUCUGGAAAGUGAUUUCAUUGACCUCCAUGGUAAAUUGGGAUUUCCUCCAGGUAGCGCUCGCGCAGUAGAGGAUAUCAAGCAAUUCCUUCGUCUAGAGCGGUGGUGGCUUAUGAUUCUUGACAAUGACAAUGACUGGUUAGCUUUGAAUCAAUUUGGCUUUCCGGAAACUGGUCACGGCCAUAUCAUCAUAACCUGCCGAGGGCGGGAACAAAUCAGUGACCCAAGAAUCACGAAAGCUCUUUCUAUGAAUGCGCUACAGAAAAAGGAUGCCAAGGACCUGCUCUUCUCAAGGGCUGGUAUCGAUGUGAAAGACCGCCUCAAAUGGGAAGCUAAGGCAAAGAAUGUCAUCAAAUCUAUGGGCUGUCAGCCUCUUGCUGUGGAUUCAGCAGCCGCAUAUAUCCUGUGCAAUAACAUUACCAUCGACGAGUAUCUUAACGCUCUGAAAGGCAGGAAAAUUUCGCGGAGGUUGCUUUCAUAUCGUCCCAAGGCAUCCAAGUAUCAGACAUCGGUUGAAUCCAUCCUCCAAAUCACGUUGGACGAAGUCAAGAAAAGCCCCGAUGCUUACAAGUUGCUCAAGCUUCUGGUUUGGCUCGACAGGACCAAAACGACAACUAGCUUCCUGAAGCGUGCAGUUUCUCCCCAACCUCGCUGGGGUUCUGAUGGUCAAGUCGAAAUGCGGGGCCCACGGAGCAGCUAUGUCUCUGCAGAUCUAAUUGACUUAAUAAAAGGGCCAGGUUUCGAUCUUGCAUUGAAAGAGUUGAAAUCGUAUUCCCUAAUUGCCAAUGACGAGAUAUUCGAGGACGACAAGAGCUCAAACGGCAAGGAUGCCAUCGUCUUGCAUCCUCUAACAUACUCUUACAUCCGAGAAGCUCUCACACCCGAUGAGAUGAUAGAAAAUGCAAUUCAUGCGUUGAGCCUUGUCGUUCACGCGUAUCCGGUUGUGCAAGCUGGGUUAGGUGGAAGUUCUUCCCGAAAAAUGUUCCCUCAGGUUUACCAAUGUAGUCUCAACCGCGAAUACCUCGCCGAUGAAGAUAUCAAUUUCAUUGAGGCUAUUCGGGAAGUGAAAGCUAAGGGCGAGAGCGAGCUGAGUUUUGCGGAAUCCACGGCCGAAAUGUUCCUCGAAGCUAUCCGUGGGUACGGGGAAGGCUCUGGCGAAUUAGAUGGUACCCUCAUGAACUGGCUUAAGGCCCUUCUAGAGCCGUCAAAAAGACCUGGUUUGCAAGCUCGUCUCUGGUGUACCCGGCUUCCACUGGAGUUUUAUAGUCACGGCAAGUUUACCGAAGGCUGCGAAGCUGCUGCUGAAUUCCUGCAAAAGAUAGACUCUGACCCCCAUAGCGAGAUUACAAAAAACGACAAUGCGCAGGUGGGUUUCCUCCGAAAUCUAUCUAUAGAAUACUUGGUCCGCGAGGAGAAACUGUCCGAUAGAGAAGUGUGGGAGAAACGAGCAGAAUAUAUCGAAGCCUGGAAACCUCUAGAUCGAUAUAACCCUUCAGACCUCGAGCGAUACGCCCAAGGGAUGGGUGUACGAAUGCGGGGUAAACUCGCAAAGGAUUUCGGGCAGUUUAAAGAUUCAUACUACUCUUUGAAACUGUUUAUUGAAGAUUAUGCCAAACGCGGAAGCCGUGAAGAGGGAUGGGCAAUCGGAGACUUCGUCCAAGUUGUCCUUGAACUUGAAGGGUCGGAAGAAAAGUGCGAUGCUCUACUCGACCUAACGACGAAUGGUAUACGUUGCGGCGGCGAACAGCCAACUCUUCAGCCCAAUGCGCGACCGUGCGAGAUAGUCUCUUAUGUAUGCUCGCAGGCCAUAGAGAGCCGCAUGUUCACACGAGGUAGCUUAAGCCAGCAGGACAGAGAGAACGUCCGUGAGAACGAUACGAUGUUUCUCGAAAUCAACGAAGCAGUCAGCAUCCUUUGCGAAGGCCGCAUUCGCACAGAGCGAUAUGCAGAAGCGGAACGGAAGUUGCUAGGUCUGAAAGGGCGAUUCGAAAAGAUGAGUACCACGGGAACUCUAUGGCAUGAUGAUCAGAUUCGCCAUUUCUCCGUCCUUGCAUACCUCGCGCAGAUAUCGCAUCUGCAGCAGAACUGGGAGAGGGCGCAAUCUCGAUGGAUGGAGACGAUUAGCUAUGGGCAAUCUUCCGUCAAGGAGUGGAAGGGCGAUCAUUAUUAUGUUGAUGUCGCCAAAUAUAGCCUUGCGGAUGUCCAGCUAAAGGCUGGUGGUGAACAAGAUGUGAUCCUUUCGACUCUGGACGAAACCAUUCAUCGACUAGAUGCUGAGAAAACGAGAUGGAUGUUAGGCCUGGGGACAUUUUGGCUGGACUAUGUCAGGAAGUCAGUGGUGUUGAAUAUGAAAAAUGAUGAGAUAUGA